AUGUCGUCUUUCCAACCUCCUCCACCUCCUCCCGGAUGGGGACCUCCUCCGCCGCCUCCUCCCCCACCGGGUCCCCCAUCAGAUUUUCUUCCUCCACCGCCUGGAGCUCCAGCUCCUCCUCCCCCUGGAUACCGGCCUCCAACCGACCUGCAGACCGCGAAGUUUGCGCAGAAGAAGAAGGAAUGGCUUCGGAAUCAGCGAAAUCGCUUUGGCGAGAAGCGAAAGGGUGGCUUCGUAGAGACCCAAAAGGCUGAUAUGCCUCCUGAACAUCUACGUAAAAUCGUGAAGGAUAUUGGUGACGUUUCUCAGAAAAAAUACACCAGUGACAAGCGAAGCUACCUUGGUGCGCUAAAAUUCAUGCCACACGCGGUCAUGAAGUUGCUGGAGAACAUGCCUAUGCCAUGGGAAUCGGCAAGGGAAGUUAAGGUGUUAUACCACGUUAACGGAUGCCUCACACUCGUAAACGAGAUUCCUCGAGUUAUCCCGCCCGUAUUCCACGCGCAAUGGGCCACGAUGUGGUUGACUAUGAGAAAGGAGAAGAGUGAUAGAAGACUGUUCAAGAGGAUGAGGUUCCCGCCAUUUGAUGACGAAGAACCUCCGCUGUCUUGGUCGGAGAAUAUUGAGGAUGUGGAACCGUUGGAACCGAUUCAGAUGGAGCUCGAUGAGGAAGAAGACGGUGCUGUUUACGAAUGGUUUUAUGACCAUCGGCCCUUAGUUGAUACCGAGCACGUCAAUGGGCCAAGUUACAAGCAGUGGAAUCUCACAUUGCCGCAGAUGGCAGCACUUCACCGACUGAGUCGCCCGUUACUAAGUGAGAUAGUCGACCAGAACUAUUUCUACCUCUUUGAUUUGAAGAGUUUCCUUACUGCCAAGGCGUUAAAUGUUGCACUGCCCGGCGGUCCUCGGUUCGAACCGUUGUACAAAGAUAUCGAUCCGAACGAUGAGGACUUCGGGGAGUUCAACGCCAUUGACAGAAUCAUUUUCCGCUUUCCCAUCCGAACCGAGUACCGGGUCGCCUAUCCUUACCUCUAUAACUCCCUUCCCCGAAGCGUCCAGUUUACCUGGUACUCUCACCCCCAAAUCGUGUAUACUAAGUCUGAAGACCCUAAUCUACCCGCAUUUCAUUUCGACCCUAUGAUUAAUCCCAUCUCUUCCCGCUCGGUGGCGCCGAAGAACAUUACCGUUAGCCACGAGGACGAGAUAUUCGGCGCCGGGAAUCUCGAAGAGCCCGAAGAGGACACUUUCGAGCUGCCAGCCGGCGUUGAACCUUUCCUAGCCGAUGAGGAUCUCUACACUGAAGAUACAUCACCUGCUAUUGCCCUCUGGUGGGCCCCCUUUCCAUUCGAUCGUCGGUCCGGUCGUAUGGUGCGCGCGCAAGAUGUGCCGCUUGUGAAGCAGUGGUACCUUGAGCACUGUCCUCCGAAGCAGCCCGUCAAAGUCCGAGUAUCGUAUCAGAAGCUCCUCAAGACGUACGUUCUCAACGAGCUUCACAAGAAGAAGCCGAAGGCGCUCAAUCGCCAAAGUCUCCUGAAGAGCUUAAAGCAGACCAAGUUCUUCCAGCAGACAACGAUUGACUGGGUUGAAGCUGGUCUUCAAGUUUGUCGGCAGGGAUUUAACAUGCUGAACCUCUUAAUUCACCGAAAGAAUCUUACAUACCUCCAUCUAGAUUAUAACUUUAAUCUUAAGCCUGUGAAAACACUAACGACGAAGGAGCGAAAGAAGUCGCGAUUCGGAAAUGCUUUCCAUUUAAUGCGUGAAAUAUUACGCCUGACGAAGCUCAUCGUCGACGCGCAGGUACAAUAUCGUUUGGGUAACAUUGAUGCUUUCCAAUUGGCGGAUGGUAUUCUCUACGCCUUCAACCACGUUGGCCAGCUGACUGGUAUGUACCGUUACAAGUAUAAGCUCAUGCAUCAAAUUCGAUCGUGCAAAGAUCUGAAGCAUCUCAUCUACUAUCGGUUCAACAGCGGGCCCGUUGGUAAGGGCCCCGGAUGUGGUUUCUGGGCGCCUGCCUGGCGUGUCUGGCUCUUCUUCAUGCGAGGAAUUAUUCCUCUUCUUGAGCGGUGGCUUGGAAACUUGCUAUCGCGUCAAUUCGAAGGACGCCACAGUAAGGGUGUGGCCAAGACCGUGACCAAGCAACGUGUUGAAUCGCACUUUGACCUUGAACUCCGAGCCUCCGUAAUGGCCGAUCUAAUGGAUAUGAUGCCCGAGGGUAUCAAACAGAAUAAGGUUAAUACUGUUCUUCAGCACUUAUCCGAAGCCUGGAGGUGUUGGAAGAGUAACAUUCCAUGGAAAGUCCCCGGCCUGCCUGCACCCAUUGAAAACAUCAUUCUCCGCUACGUCAAGUCGAAGGCAGAUUGGUGGAUCUCUGUUGCUCAUUACAACCGCGAGCGUAUUCGGCGAGGCGCUACUGUUGAUAAGACGGUUGCGAAGAAGAACGUAGGUCGUUUGACACGUCUCUGGCUUAAGGCCGAACAGGAGAGGCAACAUAAUUACAUGAAGGAUGGACCUUAUGUGUCUUCUGAGGAAGCCGUGGCGAUCUACACAACCACGGUGCACUGGCUUGAAUCACGAAAGUUUACCCCGAUUCCCUUUCCAAGUGUAUCGUACAAGCACGAUACGAAAAUAUUAAUUCUUGCUCUCGAAAGAUUGCGAGAGGCAUACUCUGUGAAAGGUCGCCUCAACCAAAGCCAGCGAGAAGAGUUAGCUUUGAUUGAGCAAGCUUAUGACAGCCCGGGUACUACUCUAGAGAGGAUUAAGCGGUUCCUGCUCACGCAGCGAGCCUUCAAGGAAGUGCAAAUUGACAUGAACGAUAAUUAUAGCACUAUUAAUCCUGUUUACGACAUAGAGCCGAUAGAAAAAAUCAGCGAUGCCUACCUUGACCAGUAUCUGUGGUACCAGGCCGAUCAACGACAUCUCUUCCCUGCCUGGAUCAAGCCUUCGGAUUCUGAGGUGCCACCCUUACUGGUGUAUAAGUGGGCCCAGGGCAUCAACAACUUGGAAAAAGUUUGGGAGAGUGCGGAUGGCGAGUGCAACGUGAUGAUUGAAACCGAGCUCUCGAAGGUCUAUGAGAAGAUAGACCUCACCCUCCUUAACAGACUCCUAAGAUUGAUCAUGGAUCACAACCUGGCAGAUUACAUCAGUUCAAAGAACAACGUACAGCUAACUUACAAGGACAUGAACCAUGUUAACAGUUACGGUAUGAUACGCGGUCUUCAGUUCUCUGGUUUUGUCUUCCAGUACUACGGGCUUGUUCUUGACCUCUUGCUCCUCGGCUUGAACCGAGCUAGCGAAAUUGCCGGCCCACCAUCAGCCCCCAAUGAUUUCCUUCAGUUUCGUGACCGUGAGACGGAGACCAAGCAUCCUAUCCGCUUAUACACAAGAUAUAUCGACAAGAUAUGGGUUUUCUUGCGUUUCUCGGCGGAGGAGUCGCGAGAUCUCAUCCAACGGUUCCUGACAGAGCAGCCCGAUCCGAAUUUUGAGAAUGUCAUUGGUUACAAGAGCAAGAAAUGCUGGCCGAGGGACUCCCGCAUGCGGCUGAUGAGGCACGACGUCAAUCUUGGCCGAGCCGUCUUCUGGGAUUUGAAGAACCGUCUCCCUCGAUCUGUUACUACGAUUGAGUGGGACGAUACCUUCGCCAGCGUCUAUAGCCGUGAUAAUCCAAACUUGCUCUUCUCCAUGUGUGGAUUCGAGGUUCGCAUUCUACCGAAGAUCAGGAAUCAGAAUGACGAGUUCCCUAUCAAGGAUAGCGUUUGGUCUCUCGUGGACAAUACCACAAAGGAGAGGACGGCGCACGCCUUUUUACAAGUUACGGAGGAAGAUAUUCAGAAAUUCAACAACAGGAUUCGCCAGAUUCUUAUGUCUUCGGGAUCAACAACCUUUACUAAGAUCGCCAAUAAAUGGAACACGGCUCUCAUUGCGCUCUUCACCUACUACCGUGAGGCUGCUGUAUCAACGGUCAAUUUGUUGGAUACCAUUGUAAAGUGUGAGACCAAAAUCCAAACCCGAGUAAAGAUCGGAUUGAACUCAAAGAUGCCGUCGCGUUUCCCUCCUGCCGUUUUCUAUACGCCAAAGGAGUUGGGUGGUCUCGGAAUGAUUUCUGGUUCGCACAUUCUUAUCCCAGCUAGUGACAAACGCUAUUCGCAACAGACGGAUGUUGGAGUCAGUCACUUCAGAGCUGGCAUGACGCACGACGAGGAGACACUCAUUCCCAACAUUUUUAGAUAUAUCAUCCCGUGGGAAGCUGAGUUUAUCGAUUCGCAGAGAGUUUGGACUGAGUACUCCCAGAAGCGAUUAGAGGCAAACCAGCAAAACAGACGUUUGACCUUGGAAGACUUGGAGGACAGCUGGGACCGUGGGUUGCCUCGUAUUAACACUCUAUUCCAAAAGGACAGAAGUACACUCAGUUUCGAUAAAGGCUUCCGAACCAGAAGCGAAUUCAAGAUUUACCAGCUCAUGAAGAGCAAUCCCUUCUGGUGGACGAGCCAGCGUCACGACGGAAAGCUUUGGAAUCUAAACGCAUACCGUUCAGAUGUUAUCCAGGCCCUUGGCGGUGUCGAAACGAUCCUUGAGCACACCUUGUUUAAAGCCACGGGCUUCCCCUCUUGGGAGGGUCUGUUCUGGGAGAAGGCCUGUCUUGCUAAAGGGACGAAGCUGCUACGAUACGACCACACUCAGAUCGCUGUUGAGGACGUCAAAGAGGGAGACCUGCUUCUAGGUCCCGAUGGAACACCACGACGCGCUUUCAAUAUAGUCAACGGCAAGGAUCGUCUCUAUCGCAUUAAGGUCGGAGGCCGUCAGGAGGACCUCGUUGUCACGCCAAAUCAUAUUCUAGUCUUCUAUAAGAAGGGUCUUACUGAUGAGGGUAGGGAAUCUAAUACUCAAGGACAAAGACGAGUGUACAAUUCUCAUGAGCAUAAGAAAUUCGGUCGUUACCAUGCAUCGCCAUUACCAAAGUCUACUAGUUCAGCAGCCAAACGCUUUGAAACCGUCGAGAUGACCGCCGCAGAGUUUGCAGCCCUGGAGCCAAAAGAAAGGAGCCAAUAUAAACUUUUUAGAUCUUCUGGCUUCGAAUUGCCCGAAAAGGCUGUGCCAGUUGACCCCUAUUUCCUAGGCCUCUGGCUUGGAGAUAAAGCCCGUGCUAGUACCACAAAACAGGCCAACUAUGAAGCAGAGAUUCGAAAAUUCUUGGUUAAUUUCGCGGUUGAGCUUGAUCUUCAUGGAAAUUCCGACGCGGACUUAGACCUCCUAGAUAUAAUUAGUGAAGAUGAGGAGAUUAGUUCCGGAGAAGAAGACGACUCUGAUGAUCAUAACCGCCAACAUGUCAUUCGUUUGCAGGCUGGCCAGCGAGCGUAUGGAAGUCUGCAACAAGAAGAAGCAGAGCAGUUAGCUAGUCGGAUUGUUAACGAUACUACGAAUGCAUCAAGCAUCGAUGCACUCGUCCAAGCCCUUGGCAAAUUUAGCGUCGACCAAAGAUGUAUCCCUUCUCUAUUUGUCAGGAACUCACGAUCCGUCCGUCUUGCUGUUCUUGCUGGCCUACUCGACACUAACGGCUGGUAUGUUUCUCCCGAGAACGUGCUUGGUUUCUGUCAAAACGGUCUCGGGCAGUCGGCUCAAUUUUGGGAUACUGUUUCCCUUGCACGGUCGCUAGGUUUUAGUGUUUUGACCAAGCAGCAACAAUCUCAAUUGUUUGCUGAGAUAUCCGGAGACCUGAGUGAAAUUCCAUGCCUCCUCCUACGGAAGAUAGGGGCUACACAGUUCAUCCCUCAAACUCAUAGUUUUGCUGUAAAGGAUAUCACUCUUGAAACGGAAGCUACCGAAUGGGCAGGUUUCCGAGUCGAUAAAGAUCAGCUCUAUUUGCGGCAUGACUAUCUUGUGCUCCACAACAGUGGUUUUGAAGAAUCGAUGAAAUUCAAGAAGUUAACCAAUGCUCAGAGAUCCGGUCUAAACCAGAUUCCCAACCGUCGAUUUACGCUUUGGUGGUCGCCUACCAUCAACCGAGCAAACGUUUAUGUCGGUUUCCAGGUCCAACUCGAUCUUACAGGUAUCUUCUUACACGGUAAGAUUCCUACCUUGAAAAUUUCUCUCAUUCAGAUUUUCCGUGCCCAUUUGUGGCAGAAGAUUCACGAGUCCGUCGUAAUGGAUUUCUGCCAGGUGUUCGACCAGGAGCUAGAGUCUCUUGGAAUCGAGACAGUCCAGAAAGAAACUAUUCAUCCUCGAAAGUCGUACAAGAUGAACAGCUCCUGCGCAGACAUCCUACUUUUCGCUAGCAAUAAAUGGAAUGUCACUCGGCCGUCUCUUCUACAUGACACUAAGGACAUAAUCGAGCCUACCACAACCAACAAGUUCUGGCUUGAUAUCCAGCUUCGGUAUGGUGACUAUGAUUCUCACGACAUUGAGCGAUAUACUCGUGCGAAGUACUUGGAUUACACUCAGGACAGCAUGAGUAUCUACCCUUCAGCAACUGGUCUAAUGAUUGGUAUCGAUCUUGCUUACAACCUUUACUCCGCCUACGGACAAUAUUUCCCAGGUCUAAAGGUCCUGGUACAACAGGCUAUGGCCAAAAUCAUGAAAGCCAAUCCGGCACUAUACGUUCUCCGUGAACGUAUCAGGAAGGGUCUCCAACUCUAUGCUUCGGAGAGCAACCAAGAAUUCCUCAACUCUCAGAACUAUUCCGAAUUGUUCAGCAAUCAGACAAAGCUCUUUAUCGACGAUACCAACGUUUAUCGAGUUACUAUCCACAAGACCUUCGAAGGUAACUUGACCACGAAGCCAAUCAACGGAGCAAUUUUCAUCUUCAAUCCCCGAACUGGUCAAUUGUUCCUGAAGAUCAUUCACACUAGCGUCUGGGCUGGACAAAAGCGUCUCGGUCAACUAGCCAAGUGGAAAACGGCUGAAGAAGUUGCAGCUCUCAUCCGAUCGUUACCAGUCGAAGAACAGCCGAAGGAGCUUAUUGUUACUCGUAAAGGCCUGCUAGAUCCUCUCGAGGUUCAUUUGUUAGAUUUCCCGAACAUCUCUAUUCGAGCGUCAGAACUGCAGUUGCCCUUCCAGGCGGCAAUGAAGGUCGAGAAAUUAGGUGAUAUGAUUCUCCGUGCUACUGAACCUCAAAUGGUCCUGUUCAACCUCUACGAUGAAUGGCUUAAGAGCAUCUCGUCAUACACGGCAUUCUCCCGUCUUGUUCUCAUCCUACGUGCACUUCACGUUAACCCGGACAAGACAAAACUCAUUCUACGGCCCGAUAAGACUGUUAUAACUCAAGUGCACCAUAUUUGGCCCACAUUGUCAGAUGAAGACUGGAUCAAGGUCGAAACACAGCUACGAGAUUUGAUUCUGCACGACUAUGGAAAGAAGAACAAUGUCAACGUCUCUAGCUUGACGAGCAGCGAAGUCCGAGACAUCAUCUUAGGUAUGGAGAUUUCUGCGCCGUCGAUGCAACGACAGCAGGCUGCGGAAAUUGAGAAGCAGCAGCAGGAACAGCAACAAAUUACUGCUGUUACUACGAAGACUCAAAACGUCCAUGGCGAAGAGCUUAUUGUCACCACCACGUCAAGAUUCGAACAGGAGAAGUUUUCGUCCAAGACGGAAUGGCGUACCAGAGCCAUUGCUACCUCGAACCUGCGAACCCGAGCCAACAAUAUAUACGUCUCGUCCGUUGACAAUGAUUUAGACGACAUGACUUACGUCAUGCCCAACAAUAUCCUAAAGAAGUUUAUUACUAUUGCCGAUCUUCGUGUACAAAUUGCAGGGUACUUAUACGGUGUUUCUGCGCCAGAUAACGACCAAGUCAAGGAGAUCCGUUGUAUUGUCAUGGUUCCUCAAAUAGGUAACCUACGCUAUAGCCAAGCACCUCACCAACUACCGCAGCACGAAUAUCUCGCGAAUAUGGAACCUCUCGGUGUGAUACACACUAUGGCCGGGAACGAACUUCCGUACAUGUCUGCGGUUGACGUCACGAUGCACGCUCAGAAUCUCGACCGACAUCAAAAAUGGGACAAGGAAAAGACCGUGACGAUUGACGUAUCCUUCACACCUGGCUCCGUCUCCCUAUCUGCUUGGGCCUUGACCCCAGCGGGAUACCGAUGGGGCGUUGAAAAUAAGGAUCUCGGCAGCGACUCGCCGGCAGGGUUUACAACUUCUAUGGGAGUCAAGCGCAAGCUUCUGCUCAGCCCACGGUACAGAGGAUUCUUCCUCGUACCGGAAGACGGAAAAUGGAACUAUAAUUUUAUGGGCAGUAACUUCAUCGGCCUAGAGAAGAAGCCAGUACACGUCAAGCUUGACACGCCACUGCCAUUCUAUAGCGAUCAACACCGCCCCGAGCACUUCCACGACUUCACGGAGAUGGAAGACCCUGGUGUUGACAGAAACGACAAUUUCGCUUAA